AUGCAAAGCACACAAGGUCAGAUUUAUCCAGAGCAACAUCCUCAAUAUUCUCAAUCAAAAGAAAGGAUUCAUGCCCAAGCACAUGAAGUACAAUAUCAGCAAGAUCUGCAACGCAAAGAAAGUCUGCAAGUUGUUAAUCGGAUUUACAAUACGCAAGAUCAAGUAAAAUUACAAUUGCAAGUACAAGACAUAGAACCACAACGAGAUCCACAGUUGCGCGUAGAACAACCGAUUAUACUCUCGACUAAAUUAGUGGCAACCUCAUCACUUCCCGUACCUCAAGGACAAACACUAGCAGAGACUUCGCUAAUACUACGUUCGCAGAAACAAGAUACUCCAGCGCAACAAGGACAAGAAUAUGAUAUGAGUAUGGAAACCAUUACCAGACAAGUUAAGGUGAUUGACGAAACACCAAGUACUAGCCAAUCAUCGCAUCAACUAUCAGAAACUCGUACAGAAAAGGUUUUGGAAAAACGCAUCAGCCCACCAGAACAGCUAUCACAGCCACAUCCAAGAAAACUUGAUUGUAUGCACCAGAAUGACAAA